AAGAUAACAUAUAAUUCCAAGGAAUUAGCAAACAAUACUCCGGUAGAAAAACGGUAGACUUUGUAAAUGUUUGUUUUAAUUCAAGUAAUGUGAAUCGUAUAAAUAUAUUAUUAGUACUAGCUUAGAAGUGAGUGUCAAAUAUAUUUUAUAAGAUAAAAAGACGUGUAUUAUAAUAAUUAAGUAAAAAUGUACAGUGAUCAAUUUGAUAUUGAUACCUACAAUAGAAGAAGAAUUACCGAGUCUAUGACUCACAGAGACCUUCCCGAGUUGUCUCCAUUAGACAUUGAUGAAGAAAGAAAUGAGAAACCUUGGCAAAAGAUUUUAAAUCAAAUCAUCAAGAACAGUUCACAAACAAUGAAAUCUGUACCGAGCGUUGCAAUAAUUCUUGUUGUAGGCUUUUACCUGACUUUAGGCUACCUAACACAGCUCAUUGAAGAUGAUAUGCCUAAGGUUAUAUCUGAAAAGGAUGUACAGGGUAAAGAUGUUGAAAUAUUCAGUGAGGAAUCAGCGAAGGUCUACCUUCACCAGCUCCUCGGCAACCAGCCAAGGGUAGCUGGUAUGGAGUAUCAUUACGAAAAGACCAAAGAUCUCAAAGUAUUGCUUGAUUCUGUAGCUCAACAGGCUACAAUACCUGUGAAAACGGAUUGGCAAUUUGUAUCCGGUGAUUACUUUAUAGAUUUUAAAGUUCCGCAUGUUAAUUGUUAUCGCAACUUGUCAAAUAUUAUCGCAGUGUUAGAGGGAGAUAGUGGCUUCUAUCCCAAUGGCACUAUCGGCACGUCAUUGUUAGUUAACUGUCAUUAUGACUCCGUUCCAUUUGCUAUUGGUGCUUCAGAUAAUGGUGUGUUUUGUGCAGUAAUGUUAGAAACUCUCAGUAGAUUGUCUAAAAGGAAACAAAAAUUAAAACAUAAUAUUGUAUUUCUCUUCAAUGGAGCUGAAGAAAAUCCUUUACAGGGUAGCCAUGGCUUUUUAAAGCACCCUUGGAUACAGGGUGUCACAAAUGUGGUGAAUUUAGACGCGGCGGGGAUGAAUGGCAAGCCUACUGUGUUCCAAGUAUCAGAUCCUAGACUAAUUUCGAUAUAUCAAAGUGUGGUACCAAAACCGAAUGCCCAAGGUUUUGGAGAGUUUCUCUUCAAAACUGGUAUUAUACCGUCUGAUACAGAUUUCAGAAUUUGGAGGGAUUUUGGUGAUAUACAUGGUUUGGAUAUAGCGUUUGUAAAAUGGGGAAAUGUAUAUCACACGAAAAAUGACAGACCAGAACUUAUAUUGGAUGGUGUCAUACAAAAUGCAGGCAAUAUGCUGUUAAAUCUAGUCAAGGAAUUAGCUAAUAAUGAAGAAUUAGAAAACAAGAUAUCUCCUACACAAGUGGUAUAUUUCGACUACUUGAAUCUUUUUUUACUGACAUACUCGGCCUCUGUGUCACAAAUUGUUGAUAUUUUAGUAGGAAUAUGCGCGUUAAUUACAGUGGCAUAUUAUUUAUGGAUUGUUGGAUAUAGGCGUUCUUCAGUAAUGGACUUACUAUCAAGCAUGUUGGGCAGAGUGGUGUCGGCAGCGACGGGAGUGUUGGCUGUAGUUUUAUUAGUGCUUAUUAUGGCUAUCACUACGAAACAACUUAGAUAUCUUUCAAGACCUUGGCUAGUGGUGCCAUUGUAUUGGAUUCCAUUCUUUAUUGUUUCUUUUUUGGCAUCCGUCAAUUAUGAAUCAACAAGUAGGAAGUGCGGGCUAAACCGUUCUCUCCACACAUUACAAGCGAUGACAUCAACUCGCUUACUACUAGGAGUCACUUUAAUUAUUCUGUCACUAUUCCCUUCCCUGACAAGCCUGCGGUAUGUCAUCAGUGUGCCAUUGUUUGUGAUGUCAGUCGGUGCCAUGGUGUCAAUGACUGUUGUCAAAUAUUGCAGGUUAAAAGCAUGGCAACAUUUAAUAUUAGAAAUUAUUUUAACGUUGCCAUCAGCAUUGUUCAUAUUUUCGUUAUCUUUACGUCUGGACUCAAUAAUGUUGUCCACUGCUGGGCGGAUGCCCACUAACUAUCCAGAUUACAUCGUGGGUGGACUAAAUGUUAUACUAGCACUGUUAUUUUCUACUGUUUUGUCUGGGCUGGAAUUGUUAUUCUCUCGUAGACGCGUGUGGUUACCAAUAUUAUUAUUAUCAAGUAUCUGUGCAGUAUUUAUGUUUACUCCCAUGUCUAUAUAUGAAGAUGAGGGUAUAACCACACAAAGACAUUAUUGGUUUCAUUCAGAAAUAAUAACAUACGAUAAAAAUGGUUCGGCAACAGAUUAUAAAUCAGGAGUUUUAAUAAUAAAACAAGAUGCGUACACUCUGACGGGGGUGUUGUCCGCGCUGCAGCAGGCGCGCCUCUCAGUUCACAAUGUGACGGACUUCACGUCGGAUUGUGAGAGACACGUGUACUGCAACCUGCCGCUUUACAGACCAAGGUUUGCACAACAUUUAAAAGAUUUAUUGUUCCUGUACACGGACCCGCCGGCGAGGUUCAGACCUGAACCUUCGCUUGUUGCUACCAGGAGCUGCAGCCAGGAUACUUGUACUCUCAAAUGUAUUAUGACUGGUCCACAACACAAUACUUUAACGUUUUUCCCAAAUUACGGAGUUAAUUUAACGAGCUGGUCGUUCUCAUCGCCAUUGGAAGCAACUGGACAGUUCCUGAAUAGAAAUAUCUACGUCAUUACUGAGGCUACCUGUACUUAUUCAGAUAUGUUAACUCCUAUGGAAUUUACUUUGACAUUUAAUGUAACAAAGGAACAGCAAACUGAACCUUUUGUAGAAAUAUCUCAUCACGCGCACAAAAUACAUCAUCCUGAAGAAUUUACUGAAGAAUACAAAAAACUUUUAAAGGCAAUGCCUAAAUAUUUUAAUAUAGCUUCCACGUUAAGUAUAAGAUCUAAUUAUUUAUUCUAAAAUAUAUGAAAUAACAAUAAAAGACGAACAAAUAAGUGUUUAAAGAUAUACAAAGUUUAU